CCCAAACUUGACCUCCAUAUUUCCCUUGUUCUCUUUCAGGAUGUGAGAUCACUGGAAGCUAUUUCAAAUGUCACACUUGAGUCGGCCAUCAUACAAUUUGUCCCAAGCAUACGUUCAGGUAGCUUUGCCGACAUUGGGCCCAGAAGAUUUAUGGAAGAUGAACAUAUACGUAUUGAUGACCUAUCGGCGCAUUUGGGGUCACUUUUCCAUUGCCCCAAGCCAAGUGCAUUUUACGGGGUGUUUGAUGGUCAUGGAGGCCCUGAUGCAGCGACAUAUGUCAAGAAGAAUGCGAUGAGAUUAUUUUUUGAAGACGCAGACUUCCCACAGACUUCAGAGGCUGAUGAUGUUUUCUUGGAAGAGGUUGAAWGUUCAGUACGCAAAGCUUUUCUUCUGGCUGAUCUUGCUUUGKCAGAUGAAUGUACUGUUAGCAGUUCCUCCGGGACAACUGCACUUACUGCUCUUAUACUUGGAAGGCUUUUAAUAGUGGCCAAUGCUGGUGACUGCCGAGCAGUUCUCUGCCGGGGAGGAGAGGCUAUCGAGAUGUCCCAAGACCAUAAGCCCAUUUACCCAUCAGAACGCAGGCGGGUGGAGGAGUUGGGUGGGUAUAUCGAUGAUGGGUAUCUCAAUGGUGUUCUAUCUGUCACUCGGGCCCUAGGAGACUGGGACAUGAAAGUCCCUCGUGGCUCGCCAUCACCACUCAUCGCGGAGCCAGAGUUCCGACAGAUGGUUCUCACAGAAGAUGAUGAAUUCCUGAUCAUUGGUUGUGAUGGCAUAUGGGAUGUGAUGUCAAGCCAGCAUGCAGUCAGUGUUGUCCGUCGCGGCCUACGUCGCCACGAUGACCCAGAGCAGUGUGCGAGGGAUCUUGUCAUGGAGGCUCUCCGCCUCAACACCUUUGAUAACCUCACUGUGAUUGUUGUCUGCUUCUCUCCAUCGGACUCCCAGAGGGAGCCGUCACCGCCUCGACAGCGGAGAUUGAGGUGCUGCAGCCUUUCCACUGAGGCCCUAUGUAGCCUGAAGAGUUAUCUCAAUAGCAAUGACAGUUGUUGAGUGUAUAUAUAAUUAUUUUAGCAGCAACCUUAAUUCCGAUUGUGGGGUGGAGGAUGCAAUCUGUUUCUGGCUGCUUCAGAUUUCGGUAGAAAAAGCAGCUUACAGUUUUGUAGGGAAAUGGGCUGGUUGUGGGUUUCUGGUGUGAUGUACAUAUGUCAUUCAGUAGGCCGGGGUGGUGGUUUGCCGGUGGUGUACGGUGUGUGUGUGUGUGGGGGGGUUAGAUUACUAUGAUUUUAUAGUCUUUAAUUGUUAUUUGACAUUUUGUGUAGAUGUAAAUUCUGGUGAGCAGGAAGGCAAUAUUGAAAAGCCCUGAUUCAUGGUAUAUUAUUUAUUUUGUGUA